CAACCAAGCAGUGCGUCACACAUGGCCAGACCAGCUAGGAUCCCCUUCCACAAAAUCAAUCAGGUAUCACAAAUCAGUCGCUCAAAUAAUAUUUACUCUCCAUGGGAAUCACACAUUGAAUCCCGUCCCUGCGUUUUGAUUUCUUUGCUCUAUCCAAUUGUAUCCAAAAGUGUUUCACUCUGCAGAUACGAUUUGUAUUUUUCUUUGAGUCGCUUUUAAAAUAAUCUACAUUAAUUGUUUCUUUUUCAUGAAACAGAUUUGCAAUAGUUUCGAAGUUUUGUUAGAAUAUAGCGAGAGCGCCUCAACAUCAUCAUUAGAGUCCUAAAGCGAAGCUUUAUGGCUAUUGGAUAACGCAGACCUGCAGCUGUCUUCAAAGUUCGAUUUCGGACGUGCGGUUACCUCGUCUGUAGGAAAAAAAUGAAAUCUGCUGAAGAGGACAGGAGCUCUGGCGACUGCAUGCUGUCUGAGACUGGACUGGUCUUAAGAGCUGACUAGUAAGAUUACUCAGAUGCAUACAGCCACACCCCCAACAUCAGUCUCUCCCUGGGCAAAUCCUGCCUGCCCUCCCAGUACCACAGUCUCCAGUCUGGCCCCACCAUCUCAGUGUCCAUCAGCCAGCCUCCCAGCUACAGUGCCCAGUACGACAUGAGGACAGUGGGUUACUACUCAUCCCGUAGCAUCCAUCCAACCGAGGGCCCGGUCCUCGAGAGCCCUCGUAUUGAGAUCACAGCCUAUGGGCAGUUUCCUGAGGAGGAGGUGGAAGAGAGCAACAACCUUCCUGUACCUAAACGGGUCAACUCCAUUGUGACCCUGACGUUGCCCAACGCAGAUGGCUACCGUGACCCCAGCUGCCUCAGCCCGGCCAGCAGUGUGUCGUCACGCAGCUGUCACUCCGAGGCCUCGUCCUACGAGUCGAACUUCUCCUACAACUACGAAAACUCACCCCAGAACUCACCCUGGCAGUCGCCCUGCGUCUCGCCCAAGGGCUCCUCCUCUCUCGCCCUGCCGGGUGAAGCUUGCACCCAUGCGGGCUCCUCACAUAACUCCCCCUCUACCUCCCCCCUUUCUAGUGUCAUGGAUGACAGCUGGGUGGGCCAGCGAGGCUCCAGGCCCAACUCCCCUUGUGGUGGGAAGAGAAAAUACAGCUUCAACAGAACCACAACCUCCAAGCCCCCCUACUCCCCCAACCACUCCCCUGGGCCUUCCCCUCACAUCUCCCCACGCCUCAGUGUCACAGAUGAGUCCUGGAUGCCUAACAACACCAACCAGUACACCAACUCAGCCAUAGUUGAAGCCAUCAAUGCUCUGACCACAGACGGUGUGGCAGACCUGGGUGAGGGCAUCCCUCUGAAGGCCCGGAAGACCAGCCUGGAGCCUGGGGCAGUUUGCCUGAAGGUCGAGCCUGGACGAGAGGAGCUCAGCCCUGGGGAGCUUUGUCAGGAUGAGUACUCCUCCUCCUGCCUGCCCUUAAAGAAGGAGAACUACUGUGGGGGGUUACUGGAUGUGCCAUCGCACCCAUACUCAUGGUCCAAGCCAAAGCAAUAUGUCAGCCCAUCUCUGCCAGCCCUUGACUGGCAGCUGCCAUCCAGCUCCGGGCCAUACAGCUUGCAGAUCGAGGUGCAGCCCAAAUCUCACCACCGUGCCCACUACGAGACUGAAGGGAGCAGAGGGGCAGUCAAGGCUCUGGCAGGAGGACACCCUGUGGUGCAGCUCCACGGCUACAUGGAGACCGAGCCCCUGAUCUUGCAGCUAUUCAUUGGAACGGCAGACGAUCGUCUCUUGCGGCCCCAUGCCUUCUACCAGGUCCACCGCAUCACUGGCAAGACUGUCUCCACCCCCAGCCAUGAGACCCUGCAGUCUAACACCAAGGUGCUGGAGAUUCCACUACUGCCCGAGAACAACAUGCGCGCCAUAAUUGACUGCUCCGGCAUCCUGAAACUUCGCAACUCGGACAUCGAGCUGCGGAAGGGCGAGACAGACAUCGGGCGUAAAAACACACGUGUGAGGAUGGUGUUCCGGGUUCACAUCAACCAAUCCACAGGAAGAACAUUGUCCCUGCAGACUGCAUCCAACCCCAUGGAGUGCUCCCAGAGAUCAGCCCAGGAGUUGCCCCUAGUGGAUAAGCAGACUCUGCAGACGUGCCCUGCUGCUGGGGGAGAGAAGAUGCUCCUCAGCGGACACAACUUUCAGCACGACUCCAAAGUGGUGUUCCUGGAGAAAGCCCAAGAUGGUCAUCACCUAUGGGAGACAGAGGCCAAGGUUGACAAGGACUCCUCCAAAUCUACAUCUCUUCACAUUGAAAUCCCUCCUUAUCGGAACCAGAGGAUAUCCAGUCCUGUUCAGGUGAACUUCUAUGUGUGCAAUGGCAAGAGGAAAAGGAGCCAGUACCAGGGAUUCACCUAUGUGCCUGCCAAUGUUCCAAUGAUAAAAAUGGAGCCACAUGAUGACUGCGACCCCCCUCAGGUGUGUCCCAAGCAUUGCCCUGGCCUGGCGCUACACCCCAAGCCCUACUACACUCCACAGGUGAUGACCUCCAUGAUACCCACAGAACUCCGGCCGUGCAUGGGGGGUGCCUACCCCGCUUGCCAACAGAGACUGGGAGGGAAGCCUUCCUCACUGUCCUGCUCAUCCUCCCCCAGCACCAGUCCCAAACUGCAUGACCUGUCACCCACCACACCCUUCUCCAUGUGCCUGUCAGCAGGCCCAUCCCAGUCUUCGAUCCCACAUGUCUCCAUUAUCCAGGAGACUCCUGGACGCUACCAGCCACAAUCUGUUCUCUACCCACCCAGUAGUGCCUCAUCCUCCCCAGGUUCGCAGCCCUCCACCCCUGGCACCAGCGGCCCAGAAGCCCCAUUCUCCCCCACCCACUGCCUGACGCCGCCCCAGCCCAUCAGUGGCAGCUCUAGCCCAGUGACCGAACAGUUAUCCAAAGUGCCAGAGAGAGGCGGCCGCUCGUCGAGCCCCAUGCUGGCUAUCAACAUCAAACAGGAGCCACAGGAACUGGACCAGAUGUACCUAGAUGAUGGUGCACAAUCGAGAGCAUCCUGUCGGGCGGUAUCACCGCCUGGUACAGCAACUGCACUGCCCACAACCACAGGGCUCUCCAGAGGGUGGUGUGGUCUGCACAAUGCAUCACCGAGGGCAAACUACCUGCCCUCCAGGGCACCUCCAACACCCGAUGUCACAGGAAGGCAAAAAAGAUCAUCAAAGACAAUAACCACCUGAGCCACUACAUGUUCACACCGCUUCCAUCCAGAAGUUAAUGAGAUCAUCAGGAACGAUCUCUCAAGCAUCUCCGUCCACAGUCUUGCAUAACACCACUUUCAUUAUGGACACAGAAGGACUGAGGGGGAAGAAAGAGGAAAAUACCAUACCAAUAAUUUUUAUAACAUCUGCAUGCAGUCUGCCCAAAAAACAACUAUGUGGAACAUACAAGAGAUUCAGCAUCCUGAAGAUCAGAAUCCAAUGUGUGCCUUUCAGAAGGUUCCAUUUCAGAGGAUUUUCCAAUGUACAGAAAUGGAAAAUUAAAUUAAAUGGCUGACCUCUUCGAAAAAAAUGUAUGUAGCACCACCCCUUCCAGGCUCAAUCCCAAGAAGUAUGCUUUUCAGUUGAUCAAGGAGUGUUUUUUAACUUCUGUCUGCAGAUAUUGUAAAUUAUUGAAUGCCUAAGUGUUUGUUUUGUGUACAGAUCUUCAGAUUGCAUUCUUGGCUUUACAAUGAGAUAAUUUCAAACAAAAGAAGUGCCUUUGACUGGAAAUAAAUAAGAGUAUAGGGAAACUAACCAAAUUCGAGGUCACGUUUUUUCAUUCAUGGUGAGAAUUAAACACUUGUUCACACUCACCACUGAUAGCUUUACAUGCAUGUUACAUUUGACUUUUGAUCUGUUUUGUACCGCUUUGUAAUUUUGUGACUUGAGUCAUCUCUUCAAGUGGCCUAAGGACUGAGAAAUCGCAUCUACAUUGAGUCCUUGAGUAUAGUGAAUUAAAAGAACAUUCCUUGAAAAAACAGAGACCUCAAUCUGUGCAGGUGUAUAUAUAUAUUUUUUUAACUAUGAAAGAUAGAUAUUCAACCAAGCUAGUGCCUUUUGGAAAGCCACAAUUUCAUCUAAAGUACCAGUGCUGCCUCUGUCCUGUUAGAACAAUGGAAUGUUUGCAUUUCAUAUUCUUGAUUAGCUAAUGGUCAGUUUGUGAUCGUAACACUGUUGCUUACAGGCUAAUGCUUGAUUUGCAGAUGCUUCAUAUGGUUGCCAUAUUCUAAUUAAAAUGUAUUGCCUUUACAUAGUUGUUACAUAGUUGUGUAGUUCUUAUCUGCAAGAUACUAAGGGAAAGAAUUAUGCUUGAAAAAUAAGUGAAUGGGAAAGAGCAACUGCAGCAGGUUUUCUCCACCCUGAAACUCGGUUUUGUUAGGUUUGUUUUGCUUGUACAGACAGUGGGGGGAGCUGAUAAUACGUACAUUAGCAAUAAUUAUUUCAUUGAUAUGAACGGAAGGAAUCAUCACACUUUGGUUAAAUUGUCAAUUAAAUUGUCAAUAAAAUAAUACCUGCAAUAUGCAGGUAUAGCAGGUAUAGCGUUUAUCUCUCAAAGAAUUUAUGCAUUUAAGAUUGUAAUAGGAAAAGCUUUGUCUCUUCUGCACAACUAUUUAAUCCAAAGAAUAGGUAACAAUUGUGAAAAACAAUAUAUUCUCAUGUUGGAGAUCAAAAACCUCCAAGAUGAAUGUAUGUAUUUAUUCUUAUAGAAUGUACUCUUUAUUCAAGUGUUUCAUGUUGCUCCUCAUAUUACCAAAUGGUUAACUGUAUAAUACACUACAAUACCAAUAUUCUGUUGUAGAAUGCACUAUAGCUAGACUGGAUACAUUACACUUUUUUUUUUUUGCUUUAUACUUCCAGCUUUGAUUGUAUCUUUAGCUAGCACAAGUUCCCUUAUUAGAACUGCAUAUGUUUAUGUGUAUUUAUUUUAAGUCUUAAUCCACAAACUUAAAAGCCAUAGAGCCAUGUUUACUGAAAAAUGUAUUAUAUUAUUCAGAUAUGUAGAUGAAUUGUUCAAAGCUUUUUUUUGUGGGCUCCUAUUCUGCUUCAU